UUCAGCAUUAUCUGGCCAGUAUGGUGCGAGCUGAAUGGUUUUAGGAAUUGAGGGUUUACGAAUGACCUUGGGACCAAGAUCACUCAUGAAGAAAAUUAUAAUUGUUCUAACUGAUAACACUGCAAAUGCUCAUUUCAAGGUCAUAAGUCUCGUUCACCUAGACGAUCCUUGUUUUUCUCUUUACUUCAACAUCGUUCUGAAAUCAAAUUAGCCAAACGAUUACAUACUUCCCGAAUUUCUUAUUAUUUGCCUAACUUAUUAGAUUCCGGGUAAUCCCAAAUCUCCGUUACGGGCAAGGUCAUGCAGAGCAUUAUUGAAGAAAAGCUUGGUUCACUAAAUCCAGUUCAUUUGGAUGUGGUUGAUUUUUCAGAUGGAUGUGGCUUGAAAUUCAACAUCAACAUUGUGUCUAAAGAAUUCGAAGGCAAAUCCCUUGUAGAAAGGCAUAGACUUGUCCAUAAACAACUGGAUGAUGAAAUGAAGUCGAUACAUGCCCUUACUUUAAAAACACUGACACCUUCACAAUGGGAAUUGCAGUCAAAGUAGUUCUAUCCCCUAUUUGUUCCAUAAAUAACUACACACCUGUAUGAUAAAAUGGGCGUAUUUCUUUCUCUAGACAAGGUUUACUAUUUAAAUUCACUUCGUUAUGAUACUGCGAAAGUAUAUAUGUAUAUGAAUUCAUUGAAAAACGAUCAAAUUAAUAUAGCUCUAUUCAUAUUGAAUAAAUAGGCACAGAGAUAUGCACAGUUUCAUAACUUAAGCUAAAUCAGGAGCAAUUCAAAGUCAUCUUCGGUACAAUUGAUUUUAGAUGAAAGUGCUAAACUUCUGUGUAAGUUUCGUCUGUUAUUCCUAGCCGGAAAUACUUCUAAAAUCUGUCAUUUUCUCUGCAUUGUCUUCUUUAUAUCCGCCUUUUAGAACGCAUUUUUGACCGCUAUUCAGCGUUCCUCAUUAUAAUCAUAAGCCAGCUUCCUUUUCCAACAGUCUAACGUCCUUACUUUACUCUUAGACAUAUUGUAAUACUAGCAAGGAGCUUCCUUUUUUGACGUAGCUGAAGAACUGAUAUAGGUUAUCUUAUCUGGAUUUCUGUGGUGGUGCAAUUGAGCAACGAACGGAAAGAGUGCACUCGUUUCAAGAUUGCUUAAGUAUUACCCGAAAACUCACAUUUUCAUACUGUCUGCAAUGAGCCACAUAUACAACAUGAAUGUUACUGUCUGACUACCCAGACCUCGGUUAAUAGGGCAGGGCUCCCACCUGUGACAUAGUGGUUUGAAGUUGAGCUCUAGACUUAUCAGCCGCAGUUAUACUGAGUAAACAUAACUCAAGGACAUUGAGAAUGCGUAGUCCUAAUGAUGUAUAUUGAAGUCCUUCGUGCUAGGCGUCUUUGAAUAGAUGCGCCUCAUAUUCCUACUUUGGAGAUUUCUUACUUCUCUGCUCACGUACUUUUUGCAGUAUGCUCUAAGCUCUCUUCGCAAAAGUGCUGCCUGAUUUUUUCAACUGAGCUUAUCUAAUAAAAUUAAAAUAGCCUGGGAGUGACCGCGGUGGCACAGCGGUUAGGACUCUCGCCGACCAUGCACAUGAUCCGGGGUUCGAUCUUUUGCCGACGCACACCUGAUAUCUAUGGUCGGCCUGCAAAAUUUGAGCUACCGAUAUCACAUGCUGAAAAUUUCAUACUUGUGCCAAAAAUACGGUGUGGAAUCAAGCUGAAAUCAGAAUUUUAAAAAAUAAUAGAAAUACUAUUGAUACUUCAGCCUAGACCCAAACUGAGUUCAUAAACCCCAUAAUUGGCGUAUAAAUAGCUAACACGCGGGUCUCGUUAUAUCUUCUACCUAAGUUGCUCCCGUUACUUGGUUCAUGCUAAAAUUCACCUACACCAUGAUCACCGCUCGACGUUGCCAGGUAGAUCAGUGAUAAUUCUGUCCCGCAUAGUUCAAAUUGUGUGCGAAAACCUCGGAUAACUUUCAUUGUCCCUAAAUCCAACUAUUAUUUUCAAUAUUUACUUACUGACCAUCAAAUUUGCCUACGUUUUAACCUAUAAAAUACGUGACAUUUGUGAACAUGUAGUGUGCUAAAUUUAGCUGUUGGAAACGCCUCGUAAGCCACAGUAGGUGUGUUUGACUUAUAAUGGUGCUAGAUAUAGUCAGUAGAUUGCAGGUCAUAAUAUUUACAUCUAUUUGGCCUUAAAUUUAUAGGGGGAGGGGGAACUGUUGCUGCCUUAUUUUCAUUUCUCAUGUUUUAGAUAAUAAACUAAGUUGACUGUUGAUGCUGAUGAGAUAUAUUCCUUUGAAAUUUCAGCUUCUCCUUUGAAGCAUUUCUUAAUUGACCUGCCAUUAGUUGUUGCUUUUAUUGACUCUCCUGUUGGCGAACUCAAGAUGUAGUGGUUGUUCUUUCGAUCGGGGCUUCUGCACCUUCUAGGCAAUUAGUCUUAGAAGCAAUACGAAGAUCAGAUACCAGUUCUACGACACCAUAAACUCCAUCUUUUCGUAGGAAAGCUGUGAGGUCCUCCCCAUUAACCUAUUACCUACCUCAUCCUUCCAACUUGAUAUGUUUGUAUUUCUAUUCACACAAGCACUGGUGUGUGGUACCCAAGGUUCAGACUCGAGUAAGUUCACACUGCUCGGUCAGUAAAUAAGUCGGUUUGAAUAAAUAAUCUUAUCCAGUAAGAUUAAGUGCGAAACACGGGAUUCACUGGAAAAUGUUUCUUUCUGACCUCUUUGUUCUUAUUUUAAGUGAGAUGCUCCACUGGAUGCAGAAAUCUAUAAAUAUCACGUCAAAUAGUAAUGUAGCGCACGCAGCCAUCAGCUGGCUAAAAGUAAGUUCGUUAAACAUGAGGGUACGGGCCUUGAGACGUUCUACUUUUGUACCCAAAAGUCAUUCCCUUGUAACUCAGCAAUUUGACCGUUAUUACUUAAUCAGAAUUGCAUAGUCCAAAAUAACGGUAGUAGUUGGACACCUUUCGAAUUGAUAGGACGCAACAAACCACGACAUUUUCCACCUCAUAUGUAACGAAACCUGCGGCAGAAGCAUAAUAUGUGUCUUCGUAUGCUGCUUAUGAGUUAAACCAGCUAAAGCUAGUAAUUAUUUUUGGUGUUAUCCUGUUACUUACCGGUCUUGAGAUUUGUGAAAAUUCUGCCGAACCAAAGAAUUUUCGACAGACGUCAGCAGCGAUAUCAUUUAAAAUCUCUAUUGAUGCCAAUCAGAAAUACCUUACUGAAGUGACAGUCUAGGUUUUCAGUUUCCUCUUGUCUGGCCUGUUCCCAUUACAAAUACUAGGUACGCCUCCUCCUGGUCAGACGCAUAUAGCAGUAUAGUUUUUUGGACUGGGUUGUACAAGAAUACACUGCUUUAGAUACACACUAUAAUAUUUAGUAGUGAAAGUAUCGUAAAGGCUAAUUCUUCAUUGCUCUACCUUAGAAGUGACAUUCCGUUUCCUUGUAUAUGUCUUGAAGGCGUUCUUUCAUUAACAGCCUUUGUGUUUCUAUCCAAGAUUUGUGAGAAUGCUCUGGUGGUACUGAUCAAGAUAUGAAAGCAGAUAUAAGACUUUCGAAGUGUUUGCUACAUUUCAGUCUAUAUUAACGGAGUAGUCCAAUGAGUCAUUAAGAAGAAAUGAAGUUUAUAACUCACCAGUGAAAUAUUCUACCGUUCUGGUUGUCUGAAAACGCUGUAUUACUUUUCAUAAACAAGAAUAGUGACACAUAUUUCCUUUUUUUGACUUUGAGGCUAUCAUAUUGAUUAAAGUAUGGUAGAAAUAACAAGAAGCCUAGAUCCUAUCGAGAGGCCCAUGUUAUAUAAUCUUCCAUAGACCUGGUAAUUUAUUUUGAAAUAUAAAUACGAAAUCAAACGUUAGCAUUACGAUAUUAAACUUUGUUAUUUGGCAUAUCAACAAUUAAAAAAAACAAUUUUACAAAUGGCGUGAAUGUGAAAAUAAAACUAUAACCACUGU